AAGCUUUCACAUGAUGUUUGUGUCAAUACUGUCAGUGUUUAUGUUCGUUUGUGAUGUAAAUAAUACAGUUUGAACAUAAAUAUAAAUCGCAAACUGUAAAUCUUCACGUGGCAUUGUAAAGUUAAGUUUUGGCAAUGGAUCAUUUGGCUCAAGAUCUCACAGUUGCUCUAGAAGAAUCCGAAUCCUGCGGUCCAAUCGCUUUGGAAAACGGCGGAAAAUGGGGCAUGAGGCGAAGGACAAGGUCCGCUGGAAACUUACAUUUGUAUUUGAACAGACCUGGGGAUCACCAUUCAGAUGAAAGUUCUAGCAGUAAUUCAGAAAUGAGGACUGACAAGCACCGAAAUAAAUUGGUUAGCUUUCACCAGUCUGAUUCGGAUGACAUGUCCCUCAGCAUUGCAGUAGCUAAAGCCCUAAAUCAAAGGACUUCUUUGAGAAUGAAGCACCCUAUCCACAAUUUUUUACGAGGUAUAUACCAUACUUUGCACUUCACUUCUCUGCUUCAAAAUGGUGUUAGUCACAGUUUGGAAAGUGAUUCCGUGAACGAACAUUCUCCGGCUCGUCCAAAUCUAAGAAGAAAAAGGAAGUUAAAGAGGAUGAGCAUUGACGAGACUCCCAUCCCACCGUGCGGUAAAAGAAAGAGGUCUCAACGUUUGGAAAUUGUAGACAAUGGCAGAUCUAUCAGACAUACUACAAAAAUAAAACCUUUGCACCAGAGUAUUGUGGAUAAGAUUGAGAAGUUCUGUCAUCCAGGUCUAGCACCUGACGAUCCAAAUUCUAUGGAAACCCAGAGUAUUGACGACAACUGCGACAUUGCCAGCGAGAGUAGCAUUAGUUGGAGUGGUGGUGAGGGCCAUGAAGGGGACGAUGAAUUAACCGAUUGGGCUCCCUCUAUGGACAAUCCGUCUAUUAUAGACCAAUCUCCUUGGAAUGAUACUGACCCUAGGGAAAUCAGAGCAGGUUGCCGAAGGUUGAGGGAGGAGCGACCCAGCUUCAGUAUUAGCACAGGAGCCAACGAAAGGGUGGCCAAAUUCCUCCAGGAUACUACAAAGUCCGAGUUGAGGAUAUACGGUGCAGAACGUGAGAAACUUGGGCAGCUGGCUGCCUUGUAUUCUCUAGAUUUGUGGUUUGAGAGCCCCAGUUCUUCCUUAUUGAGGAAAACAAGUAGGACACCCUCAAUGCAGCCGACACAAAGGCACCAUUCCAGCUUGAGUGCUGUUCAUAAAAGGCUCAGGAUCCACAGCCACAUCGUGUCGUAGAGUUUAAGUUGUCGUUGGAUUAUAUUUAUUUGAUCGGUUUGACUUAAUUUUAAGUUGUUUUCGAGCGGAACGGAUCUAAUUUUGUAAUGUUUUUUAAUUAAUUCUUUCUUAUCGAGGAAGCUAAUUUUCAGUGUUAGUCACAAGAGAAGAUUUGGUAGGAGUGGAGUGGAAUUACUAGACGUACCUACAUAUCUGUGAUUAAAUUAUUGCUGCUAGUUACGGUCCUGUCUAAAAUAAAGAAUUUGUUAAUACAUUAAUAUUUAAUAAAGCAUUUAAUUUG